AUGGCCGACUCUGCCGCAGACGUGGAAGCGCACGACGCCGCCGCGCCGUCGUCCGGCCUACAAACAGCCAAAGACCUCUUCUCCGGCGCAGCAGGCGGCAUUGCCCAGGUGCUGAUCGGCCAGCCCUUCGACAUCGUCAAAGUGCGCCUCCAAACCUCGCAAGCCUACCCCUCCGCGCUCGCCGCCGCCACCUCCAUCUACCGGCACGAGGGGGCGCUGGCCUUCUACAAGGGCACGCUGACGCCGCUGCUGGGCAUCGGCGCGUGCGUGUCCAUCCAGUUCGGCGCCUUCCACGCGGCGCGCCGCUGGCUGGAGGAUCGCCGGGGUCCCGCCGCGCGCGGCACCCCGCUCGGCUACGGCGAGUACUACGCCGCCGGCGCCUUCGCCGGCCUAGCGAAUAGUUUCCUCUCCGGGCCCAUUGAGCACGUGCGUAUUCGUCUGCAGACGCAGCCGCAUGGUGCGGGGAGGUUGUAUGCGGGGCCGUGGGACUGUGUGAGGAAGUUGUGCAGUGCGGCGCCGGGGGGUGGGGGUGGGGUGGCGAGGGGGCUGUAUAGGGGGGAGGCGGUGACGUUGUUGCGCGAGGCGCAGGCGUAUGGGGUGUGGUUUUUGGCGUUUGAGUGGUUGAUGAAUUCGGAUGCCGAGAGGAAUAAGGUGCAGCGGAAGGAUAUUGCGAGCUGGAAGGUGGCGUUUUAUGGUGGGUUGGCGGGCGAGGCGCUGUGGUUGGGCAGCUAUCCGUUUGAUGUGGUCAAGAGUAAGAUGCAGACGGAUGGAUUCGGCGCGGAGCAGCGGUACAAGACGAUGCGGGACUGCUUCGCGCAGACGUUCCGGGCCGAGGGCUUGAGGGGGUUCUGGAAGGGGAUUGGACCGACAUUGUUGAGGGCUAUGCCCGUCAGCGCGGGGACGUUCGCUGUGGUGGAGAUGACGAUGCGGGCGAUUAACUGA